AUGCGAUGCGCGAGCAAGGCCGCCGGGAGCGCGUCCGCAAGUCUCUUUGCGGACGCCGAAGCAGAAACUGCAGCAACUGAUGUGUCAUCGGUUGCUGAAGCGACUCAGCCUGUGUCACCUGGUGAUGCAGGCGAUCGUCAUGAAGACACUCAUGUCUUCACAGAGUACGAUCUCGGUGUCUCGUACUCUCCUGAUACGGAAGACGGAUCCGUAUCGACGGCGAUCGAAUCCAAGCCGCCUGCCAAGCGUGGCAUGGAUGAUGCUUUGCGUCGUAGCAUCUUUGGUUCAUCUGAUGAAUCCGAUGAACCAUCACCGAAGCGAAGGCGUUCGAGGUCGCGAGACUCGGGCGCUCACAGUGGUGUCGGUUCUCCUAUGCACACCACAUCGCAACGAGGUGCCAGUACUUCUGUCGGCACAUCGCAGGAAGAGCGGGACCGCAAUGUCUUACGUCUCGCUCCCGAGAAGAAGGCAUGGAUGCCUCCAAAAUCCAUCAUGGAUCACUUGUCGGCGACGACGAGUGAUCGUUAUCGAACACGGUUGUUCGAUUCAUCAAGGAUCCAUCACCUUGACCCCAGUGCGAAAGACUAUCACACUGAGAUGAAUUCUUCAUCGAUGCUUUUUUUAGACAUCGAUGGUACAGUGGGAAUCACAAACGUGAUGGACCCUCACUGCUUCAAGCGCGGAACGCCUACAUCCAUAACCUCGAGGAUGUAG